AGUGCAUUGCUCAAAGUUAUUUUGGUUUGUUGCUCUCCUCCCCUCAUUUGCAUGAGGCUGAAUCUUGUCAGACAGACUCCACACCCACUGUAGUAACAGCUUAAUUCUUGUCCAGACUGCAGAGAGUCCUCCACGCAUUCGCUGUGUCAGCUGCUAAGUCGAUUUUCCUUUUGCAUGUCAUCAUGCGCUGGACUCUAGCUGGAUGCUUUGGAUUUGUGUUGAUAAGUAUAUCAGUCGCCCUGCAGAUCAGCCAGAAACCCAGGUUCUACGGAUUAAGACCUCGUAAGAAUGUACCUAUCUACUGCCAAGUCUCACAUCAACAUCUGAAAAGCACAGUGGAGUGGCACAAAGCCGAMAAAUAUGGCGCKGUCAAGAAUAAGGUUGUGGAUGAUGAAAGGAUUCGGUUUGGACAUCAACUUACGAUCCAAAACGCUUUCCUGUACUUCAACGACCUCAAAGUAGAGGACAGAGGAGUGUAUUACUGCUCAGUAAAUGGCACUUUUGGCCCUGGAACUGAAGUACAAGUAGUCAGGCCCUACGACCCCGUCAAAGCCCUGUACAGAAGCCAGAUGAAGGAUGGCCUUAUUGUCCUGCAGGGCCUGCUGUUGGGUGUUUGUAUCGGCGCUUAUCUACUGCGUAGACAAAAUCUGAUGAAAGAUAACGACAGCUUAUAUGAAGAGCCUGAAACUGACCACAUCUAUGAGGUUUGUUUAACCUGGUUUGACAUUUCCUUUGUUCAUUUAUUUUUAAUAAAGAUGUGUCACAUUCAAACCUCUUCACAGAUGUGCCUUUUUUGCAUAACAAGUACAAGUGUAAUCUUGACAGGCAACAGGAAGCUCUGGCUCUGUGCAUCAUUAACCUUUUUAACCACAACUGCUUUGUUUUUUCUCCAUCCUUUGUUGGAGCUGCUGGCAGCUUUGUGUCUGGACUACACUUUCCCUGUUGCCAGAAUUGAGUCAAAGUAA